AUGGGAUCUGGAGGCGCCAACGGGCCGGCCAAUGUAGUCAUCACCACCGUGACUGCUUUCGUUCUUCCUGGACCUACCGCAACUCCCGGAGAUGGCGGCAACGGUUCUGGCAACGGCUCCAACAAUGGUAGCGGCAACGGAGAUGGCAAUGGGAAUGGGAACGGCAACGGCAACGGUUCUGGAAGCGGUGCCGGUAACGGUUCCAAUGGCGAUGGGGCUUCAUCAACUUCCUGCUCCACGGCAAAAGAUUCUCAGCAGACGGACACCUCUGGAAAUGGAGAUGGCAACAGUAGCCCAGCAAGCAACCCCAAUGAUGGCUCUGCCAACGGCAAUGGAAGUCCCAAUAAUGGCGACCCAGGCAACGGGAAGCCUCCCGGCGACGGUUCCGGCAACGGCAAUGGCGCUGCUUCGACACCCUGCUCUACGGCAAACGGAGGUCAGCCAACGGGCAAUGGAUCUGGAAAUGGCGCAGGUACGGGCAAUCCACCAGCCAAGGAUCCCAACAAUGGUUCUGGCAAUGGCUCGGGUGACGAAAAUGGAGGCUCUGGUAACGGAGAUCCCGCUGCUACGCCCGCGAAUGCUGGUCCUGCCAACGCCGCAACGACGCCGUGCACAACUUCCAAUGGUGGCCAACCUACCGGCGGUGUUGGGGCUGGAGCACCUCCGAGUAGCGCACCUCCUACUGAUCCCAACAACGAUUCCGGCGCGGGUAAUGGCUCAGGGAAUGGCUCUGGCAACGGCUCGCCUGACACUUCUGGCAAUGCUGCACCGGCCAACUCCCCUGAUGGAAAUGGAGCGUCUCCUGCACAAUCUCCUCCCAAUCCCAACACCAGCUCUGGAGGCAACGCUGGCAAUGGUGGCUCUCCUGCAGAUGGUUCCGGCAACGACAAAGGAGACUCUGGUGACGGAAAACCUUUGUCUGAUUACGGCGCCUCGCCGGCAAACCCUGCCAACGGUAACCCCAGCAAUGGAGCAGGCGCAGGUUCUGGUUCAGAAGUACCGACUGGCAAUGGAACACCAACCAACACUGGUCCUGCUUCACCGGCAUCAACUGGCAACGGAGGUGCGGGUGCGGGUGCUGGAGAUCCCAACGCAGGUUCGGGCAACGCCGCUCCCAACGAUGCUGCACCCAAAGCUGCCUCGGACUGCUCUGGUUGGAAGCUUCUUGGCUGUUUCAAGGAUUCAAACAUCCGAACACUUGACGGCGACCCAUCAGACUACUUUGCUGGUAGCAUGUCCAACGAGAAGUGCAUUGAGCACUGCGCUUCCAUGGGCUUCAAGCUUGCUGGUACAGAGUACGGAACGGAGUGCUGGUGUGGAAACAUGUUCCAAAUCGCAGAGCGUCUUCCGAGAGAGCAGUGCAACAAGCCUUGCGACGGUCUGUCUACAGACAUUUGCGGAGGUGACUGGGCCGCCACCGUGUACAGUGCCGAUGGUCAAGCGCUGAGCAUGCCAUCUGAUGACGAUGCUGGCAACGGCUCCGACGGCAAUGGUUCUGGAGGCGAUGGUGGCGCUGGCGACCCGAAUGCCGGGAAUCCUUCAUCUCCACCUCAAGGCAACCCACCCGCGGGGACUCCUGCAAAUACAGCGGCACCCGCGAACACUCCCGCGCCCGCGAGCAACCCCGCGCCUGCAGCCACAUCUCCUCCCCAGAGUCAACCAGCACCAGCUCCCGCAGGUAACCCACCAGCUGCAGUGACACCUCCACCAACGCCCACUCCCCCUGGAUUAUCACAGGCAGAAUUGGAGGCUCUGCUUCAGAGCAUCAUCAACUCCUUGCCAAAAGGAAGCCCCGAUGGUGGAUACGGCAGCGGUCUAGGAGCAAGGGACUCUGGGGCUGGUGGCAACAACGCGCCCGCAGGUACUGACAACGGCUACGGUGAUGGCGGUCUUCCCGAUCUUGGACCGCUCAUGGGGCCUGGCCCGGUCGUUCCUCCUGAGGGGCUCACUGGAUAUGGCUCUGCGAAGAAGAGCGCGGCCAACCGGUACAUGAAGCGCAGCAGGAUCAUAGGACGCCGUGCGGUCGCGGAUCAUGAUGCUGAUUGUAAUGACGAGGUCGAUGGACACAACGGAGGCUGCGCUGGUGCGAAGGCCUAG